UGGUAAUAUGUGUUAACAGUUAAAGGAGGAAACAGAUUGUGCUUGGAAAGGAUAAACCAUUUGUUAAAGAACUUUUUUGAGCUGUCAGAGUAAGCAGACAUGGACACACACAGGAAACAAGGAGAAGUUUACCUACAACAUCAGAAACACGGCGAGAAGUGGAAGCGAUAUUGGUUGGCCCUUGUUCCAGCUAGUCGGCACGGCGUUGCACGGUUAGAAUUAUCGGAGGCCGUUCGUGAGCGGUCAUCUGUGGUGGUCAGACGACCUCCAGAGAAGAAAGUUGUCCGUCUGGCCGACUGUGUGACUGUCGUCAAGCUGCCUCCUCAUGCAGAGGCGUGUCCAGGGGAAAACAUGGCUGCUUUCUGCGUGGAGACAGAGGACAAGAGGCUUGUGUUUGCAGCAGAGAAAGAAAGCUGUGGAGAAUGGGUGGACAUAAUAUGUAACAUUGCCUUUCAGAAACACACUAAAAGUGCACCACAGCCAGUGCCUCUUAUGGAAGACAAUCAGAUCUACAUGUCCAGAGAACAAUUGAGCGAGUUUAAAGUGGUUAUACUGCAGAACGACGCUUCAGUUCGAUGUGGCCUGAAAGGACAAUACUGGCUACAAGCUGGUGAGGACAUGCUAGUUCUUCAAGAUCUGGAGACCAGGAGGACUGUAAUGGAGUGGCCAUACAAGCUGCUGCGUCGCUAUGGCCGAGAUAAGAUGCUGUUUUCUAUAGAAGCGGGCAGGCGUUGUGAAUCAGGCCCUGGAACCUUUAACUUUGAGACCAGACAGAGUGACGAGAUCCUUCGCCUUAUUGAGUCGGCUAUCCACCAACAGAAGAGCCUCGCUGUUACUGGAGACAGGCACUCGCCACAUUCCCCACGUUCUCGUUCUCCUCGCUCACCCCUGCCCAGACGCCCAGAAAGUAUUAUUUUGCUUGAUAUGGAGGGCAGCAACAGCCCUCAGUCUUCAGAUACAAAAAUGCCCUUGAACCUUAAUCCAGCAGAUGUCCUUGGCCCAAACAUAUAUGCUUUCUCAAACAGACCUGCAAGUGCUAUUGGCUUAACCGAACCUAUAUAUGCAAACCCUGCAGAUUCCGUUAGCUCCUCAAAAAGCACACACUCAGAUCCUAGUGGCAGUAUUAGCUUAAUUGAGCCUGUGUAUUCAAAUCCUGCAGUUUUAAUAGGCAGUCAUGAAUCUGUGUACGCAGAUAUAAAGACAGAUCCUAUCCAGUCUCAUCAUAGCGAUGAAUCAGAACCAGUGUAUUCUGAUCCUGCAGAUGUCUUUCGCCCAAAACCUGACAACUGUGUCCAAGCCAACCCUACCGACACGAUUGACUGCCGUCCUGUCAAAACAACACCAAACAAUGGCAAGCAGCAAGAACCUGUGUACUCUGAGGUGUACGGCCAUGUCGAACUAAACACAAGUAAAAGACUUGACCAGAAGCCUGAGGAGCCCAUUUAUAGUGUACCUGAGAUUGUACAGUCAAAUCAAAACAAUAACUCUCAACAAAACAAAAUGAACGAGGAGAACCAACCCAUCUACAGCAAAGUUAACAAACCACCCAAAACCCCGCAGCCUUUCCAUGAAAAGAAGCUAAGCCAAACACUGGAGGUCGUCUCUGAGGACCUUGGAAUGAUUUAAUUCAAUCUGUAAUAUGUGACCUGGACCACAAAACCAGUCAUUUUUAAAUUAAGUUGAAUAAAUAAGCUUUCUGUUGAUGUAUGGUUUGUAAGGAUAGGAUAAUAUUUGGCCGAGAUACAAUUAUUUGAAAAUCCGGAAUCUGAGAGUGCAAAAAGUAUUGAGAAAGUUGUUCAAAUUAAGUUCUUAGCACUGCAUAUUACAUCAAGAAUUCAGUUUUGAUAUAUUUGCAGUAGGAAACGUACAAAAUACUUCAUGAAACACAAUCUUUACUUGAUAUCCUAAUGUUUUUUGGCCUAAAAGAAAAAUCUAUAAUUUUGACCCAUGCAGUGUAUUUUGGCUAUUGCUACAAAUAUACCUGUGUUACCAGUAUGACUGGUUUUGUGCUCCAGAAUCACAUAUAAAGUCUUCACAAGUAUCUAUUAAUAUUUAAUGUAUGAAAUGUAUAAUAUUCCCCCCACUAAUUUCAUUAUUUAUUCAUCCGUACUUCAAGAUGUUGUGGAAUGAUGACUGAUGUGUGUAACGAUGCACAUUAUGAAAAAUGUGUGUGUGUGUAUAUACACAAACACACACGCAAACACACAUAUGUAUUUUAUUUUUGUUCUGUUUUACAAGCCCAAAUAUGUUGCAUGUAUUAUGUAUUUUCUUGGUGUACCACAGCAGAAUUAAAUGAUUAUGUUAUGAA